ACAGGUCUCUUCUUUCCCAACCAACCCACCAAACCUUCGCCGGCGACACAAACAACCCAGCCAGUGAGCCAGAGCGCCACCAUCAAACCCCCGCUCCGGCGCCGGUGGUUCCUCGCCAUGUCCAUCCACCUCCGCGCCCACGCCUUCGCGGCCAACCCGCUGCGCGGCCUCGCCGGCGCCUCCCCCUGCCCCUCAGCCGCCGACGCCCUCCGCUCCCUCCUCGACAGCACAGACGCCCACCACCACCUCUCCAAGGUCCUCCCGUUCCGCCGGGGCCGGCCCCUCGCCCGCUCCCCGGACCCUUCCCCUUCCCCGGCCUCCUCAUCCGCGCCUCCGCCUCCGCCGCUGCCGGCCUGGCGCCUCGCGUGGCUCCCGCCCUCGCGCGUGCUCCCCGGCGUCCCCUCCGAGGCCUUCGUGUUCCUCGGCGCGCACGGCGAGGCGGACGGCAAGGAGGCCGCCGCGUACUGGGCCGUCGACGUCAGCGAGGGGGACGUCGGCGCGGGGGAUGGAUCCGCGUUCGUGGACUUGAGGACGCUCAUGGUGGCCGCGGACUGGAGGGACAAGGACACCAUGGGGGAGCUCGCCAUCGCCGGCCACGCUCGGGCACUGCUGGAGUGGCACAAUACAGCAAAGUUUUGUGGAGCGUGUGGAGCAAAGGCUGUUCCUACUGAAGCUGGAAGGCGAAAGCAGUGCAGCAACGAGUCCUGCAAGAAGAGGAUAUACCCUCGAGUCGAUCCCGUUGUCAUUAUGUUGGUCAUUGACAAAGAAAAUGAUCGCGCUCUCUUGAGCCGCCAGUCAAGAUUCGUACCCCGAAUGUGGAGUUGUCUUGCUGGUUUUAUAGAGCCAGGGGAAAGCUUGGAAGAGGCGGUGAGAAGGGAAACAUUGGAAGAAACUGGGAUCGAAGUUGGGGAAGUCAUUUACCACGGUUCUCAACCAUGGCCUGUUGGACCAAACACUAUGCCAUGCCAACUGAUGGUGGGUUUCUUUGCUUAUGCUAAAUCAUUGGAUAUAUGUGUGGAUAAACAAGAGCUUGAAGAUGCCCAAUGGCACAGCCGCGAGGAUGUCAAGAAAGCGCUAACAUUUGCAGAAUAUGAGAAAGCUCAGAGAUCAAAUGCGCUCAAGGUCAAUCAAAUAUGCAAGGGCGCCGAGAGAGGGCAGAACACCUCCUCCGGCCUUGGUGUGGAAAGCCAGGAAGCUGCUCCUAUGUUUGUCCCGGGCCCCUACGCCAUUGCUCAUCACCUCAUAUCGUCAUGGGCCUUUGAAGGAGCGCCAAAGGUGCCCAGCUCCUUCUCCAACCUAUGAGCCUGGACCGAGGCCUUACUACUUCAUUUCGAUAGACGGCGGGAUGUAUAGCACACUGAAACAUUGCAGCCACACCACUUGUAUUUCUUACACUCUUGCUACUGUAGAUAAGUUGUUAUUCAUUAGUGGUUGUAAUAGAAAGGCCAAGUAAGAGGAAGACAGCAGGUUUACCAGAGGGUUUUGGCAAAGUUGACUCACUGGGACAUGUAUGUCAAAUUGCCGGGUUAUUUGUAACUUGAUUGUGAGUAUGUGAUACAUGUAACGAUACAUAUGUACAGAUUACAGAAGAUCACAGAUGUACACGUGUGUACCUCAGUGUUUGUUGUUAAACCAAACAAUAUGUUUA